AUGUCAGACACACGGGAAAAGGCUGCAGACCGGACGGUGUUCGUGGGGAAUUUAGAGGCUAGGGUGCGAGAGGAGAUCCUCUAUGAGCUGUUCUUGCAGGCUGGACCAUUAACCAGAGUGACCAUAUGUAAGGACAAAGAAGGAAAACCCAAACCUUUUGGAUUUGUCUGUUUUAAACAUCAAGAAUCAGUAUCCUAUGCUAUAGCUUUGUUAAAUGGAAUUCGUUUAUAUGGUAGACCGAUUAAUGUGCAGUAUAGAUUUGGGAGUUCCCAUUCAGCUGAGUUGAAUAACCAAGUUGCUGAGAACUAUAUUAAUAUAAAUUCACAACUGUGCAGAAAUGAAGACUUUUUCUCAAGAUCAUUCCCCAUGCAAACCUUUACAGCAAAUGAUGGUAACUUUACUCAGGAAUUUGGCUCUCAGAAUAUGCAAUAUCCUAUGUACAAUCUGAUGGCACAACCUUCAAAAUGCCAGAUGACACCACCACUAGCCUCAAGCUUUUCUGUAUUAUCCAUGCUAAAUCCUCUUUCAGAUUUGGAUGCUAGAUCAAGUUCUUUUGAGUUUGUUCACCAACAAAGUGAAUGGGACUUUUACCCAGUGAAUAAAAGAAAAUGGCAGCCGGAAACUAGUGAUAGUAGCACAGAAGAUGACAUAGGAAAAGUAAGAGAAUGUAACCAAAAAUACAAAAGGUAUAAGAAGAGAAAAAGAAAUUAA